AUGCUUGCUCUCUCUGGAUGUGUAUAUGGGAAAGAGAGGAAGAAGAUGGAAGCAUGGGUGGCUUUAGCAGAUUUCCAGCAGCUUGACAAAAGCUUCGUCAGGCUCUUGGGUCGCUUGACAGAAGAGAAAAAUAGAAGCAAUGGAAGAACAUGGCUUGAAAUUGAAGAGUUUCAAAGGUGA